AAAAUACACACAGGUUAUGUUAACUUUCGAAAUAUACGGCUCAAAAGUAAUGAUUUUGUUAAUCUACAAUAAUAAUUAACAAAAAAAAGCUAAGAGAAACAUCAAGAUGGGUGACAUGCAGAUCGAUCCUGAUUCUGAGAUGGAUACAGAGUUAGGCAAUUUUGUAUUUUCUAGUCCCAACAUAGUCCCUAGUCCAGAAAGAAUAUUUAAUCCAGCUUCACAUUCUGAAAAAAUAUUUGGUGGAAGAGUGAAUCACCAGCAGGAGGCAUCUGCAUUUACUUUUGCCAAACCAGCAGCAAUUGAAAGGACAGGGCAUGGCUAUGAUAACAGAAGACCCAAUUCCUCUUUGAGUUCAAGGGGCAAUAAAGCUCACAAAUCUUCUUUUCCUGUUCAAACUUACACUAUCAAUCGGAACAGAGAAACAACAUCACCCGUGAGUCCAGAUGGCAAACAGAGCUUUCGUAGGUCUUCGUUUCAAUCUUCACCGUUUACUGAUACACAGAAUAUAAAAAAAGCUUCACCUUUCACUCAGUUGGAAAAAAAUUCAAAGAAAAAAUUAGUCACUAAAGAAGUAAGGUUGGAACUUGGUAACUCCAUCACUUGCGUUGAUGUUCCAGAAUCUCUUCUUGUCAAAUCUGUUGCAAAGGAAUAUUUCGAGCAGUAUGGGGAGAUUCUCAAGAUUACAGUCAAGCCAAAGAGGAAAAUUGUCAUUGUGUACUAUCCCUCCAAGGAGAUUGCAAAAAGAGCUUAUAACAAGGCUGGAAACUUUUUGAAUCAAGAGUUUAAAAUCGAAUGGACUACUCCUGAAUUGCUGAAUAAACCAAAAAAGAAAGAAUCGAUAAAAGGUAAAAUUGCUAGCAUUUUGAACAUAGAUGACGAAGUGAAAGAGGAGCUAGAAGCCAUGAAAGGUCUGGAAUAUAAUCUGCCUGACACCACGAAUAUGUGGGCUCUGUCUGCUGCCAAAGCUAAAGUAAAGAAAGCUACUAAGGUUGUUGCCAAAAAGGAAGUUCAAAAAAAACCAUUACCUUUAGUGGCAAAGCCUAUUUUGAAGACAGCCACACCAACGUUCGGCACUAGUGAAGACAAGCCAGCUUUAAUGUCCUUAAAAAUAGAUAAACCAGCCUUAAAAUUAGAAAUGCCAGUCCCAAAAGUUGAUAAGACGGUUACUUCUAAAAUAGAGGUGCCUGUAGUACAUCAGAACAUUAUAAAAAUAUCAAGUGCAGCUAUUGAGGAAAUGCAAAGUCAAAUUCGUCAGGCUGGCUCUAAUUCAGAGGAAAAAUUCAAGAUACUCGAUUCUAGGGACAGAUUAAUGCGACUGAAACGUGGCAAACAGCAGAGCUUAGCUACAGCCGAGAUCACCAGAGGAACCUGUCUUGACAUGUGCCCAGAGAAAGAGCGCUACAUGCGUGAGUUUCAACGCCAGCUAUCAUCCUAUGAACAGCUUGAAUCGAGUGACUACAAAAUUAACCAUCAGUUUGCCGUGAAACAGUACUCUCGUUCCUCAGCCGAUCAAGAGGAACCAAUGGCUCACGAUCUUCGACCUGUUAAGGCUCUCAAGAUGACAAUGAGCUACCUCCUCUACGAGAUCGCUGAUUUGUGUGAAAAAGAAGACACCAAUCUCACGGAAUGGUACCACUUUUUGUGGGACCGAAUGCGUAGCGUGCGCAAGGACAUUACCCAACAAGAGCUCUGUUGCCCAGAAACCGUUGAGUUGGUCGAGCAGUGCGCCAGGUUCCAUAUCCUGUCGUCUGAGAGACUUUGCGCUGAAGAGGCUUCCGUUUUCGAUCCCAAAAUCAACAGUGAGAAUUUGACCAAGUGCCUGCAAACGCUCAAGUAUAUGUACUACGAUCUUCGAGAAAGUGGCGUAGAGUGCAAAAACGAACCCGAGUUCAGAGCUUACGUUAUUUUGCUCAAUCUGAACAACGGCUCUUUUAUAUCAGAGCUGAGCACCCUUCCUUCAUCCAUACAGCAUUCAGCCGAGGUCAAGUUUGCCUUAGAAAUUCAUUCAGCCAUCGCCAUGAAUAACUACGUUAGAUUUUUCAAGCUCGUAAGGAAGACCACUUACUUGAAUGGGUGUAUUUUGUUGCGAUACUUCAAUCAGGUACGUAUACAAGCUUUGAAAGUAAUGGUAAAAGCUUACUGCCGGACCUCGGGCUCAACAGAGUACCCUCUGUACGAGCUCAUUGACAUUCUUGGAUUUGAAGACGAAGACGAGACGUUCGACUUUUGCAACCAAGUCGGCCUGAAAUGUGAUCGUGACAGCUUAUUCAUCAAGCUAAACAAAGAAUCUUUCCACAUGCCUCGCAAUAAUAUGGAACAGGGCCGAGCCCAGGAUCUCAUACUGUCGAAAAGAUUGCAGUCAAGACAGUCUGUUGGUCAAUGCAUAGCUGGUGGAGUUUUGCUAGAAAAGAGUUACGAAAAUCAUAAGACACACAGUAGCUUUGACGAUCAGGGGUACCUGCUGCGUUCAUCCAUUAGUGCUCAAGAUCAGAAUCUCGCGCGUGAUCCUUAUGAGUUUCAAGACCAAGACGACGAUAUGGAGUUUUUUAGCCAAACCAAGGCGGCCGGCAAGGUACUGAAUAAUUUCGAAAACAGGAGACAACCUGACGCUCCUAUCAAAACAAGCAAGGAGUCCGCGGUCAAGUCGAAAGCCGAGGGCAUCGCCGCUGUGACAACAAAUAACGUUUUCUCUCCUGUAAGUACUGCUGUCGGCUCAACGUCAAAAACGACUGCUACAACAAAUUUGUUUUCUCCGGUACCAAGCUCAGCCCCAUCGAUUUUUGCAAAGCCAGCAUCCAUGGCUUUCUCAGCUAUUCCAACAAAGCCAUCUGUAUUACCAAUUGAUUCUUCCUUCGCUAUGACUGUAAAUAAGAGUAUAUUUUCAGGCAGUAAUCAGGCAAAUCUGUUCAAACCACCCACAGUAGGGUCAAUACCAUAUGUGAACUUUAAGCCCAGUGAUGCUGCUGCAACGGCUAGGAUCUCCUCACCUGCAAGCACAGCUCAAUCAGUAACAGAGACUACUACUGCUAAAAGCGACAGCGCAACCAGCGAGCGUGUAGCUACGAAGCGCCGUCUCGAAGAUUCAAGAAGAGCCGCCGAAAAGAAAGCUCUCACGGAAAAAGAAGAGCUACUCCGCAAGCAGCUCGAGCUCAAGUACAAAAUGGAUGCAGAACAGAAACGACUACGUUUCCUGGAGCGUAUAAACGAACAAGCCCUUGAAAGCUACGAUCAGCUGCUAAAAGAAGUUGUAGCCGAAACCUGUUCGGAAGUCGCCAGAGCGGAACUGCGCGAAAGCCUCAGUAAUGAGCUGUAUGAGGAGGUACUGAGCGAAAUGUGCGAGACUGUACUCCGGGACCAACUUUUUAUUCAGGACGCCCUCAUAGAGGUGGAGAGUCGUCUGCGUGAGCGACUUGUCAUGAAGUAUUAUCAGAUCUGGAAACAGUGGGCCGCUCGUCGUCGAGUCCAGCGUCGAGAAGCGCUGGACAAUACACCCGUCUGGAUGCAGCCUGACAGUCUUCAAGAGUGCGCCAAAAAGCUUUACAGACCUGAGCAAAAAAUCGCUAUAAAAUAUGCCAUGGAAAACAAAAAGAGGAAAAGUUGGUCAAUUGAGGAGGACAAGAAAAAUGAACACAAAUACGCGCCCAUUCAGUACGUCAUUUACGUAGGACUGAAGGAAAACGCCAAUUCACUGGAUACCGAACUUCGUCAGCAUAAUUUUUGGAAAAUGGUCAUUUCAUGGCCCUUUUUGGAGAAUAGGCUUACACUCUGGCGGCACAAGAAACUCGUGAACAAAUAUUUAAGUCCAGCAGACACUACCUUAGAACCGAUAAUUAUUCAUCACAAGCCCAACUCGUUGGAAAGUUUAGACAUCUGCAUUCGCUACUCCGAAGGUUUAAUUUCUGAGAAUUGUAUUAUAGGUAUGGACGCACUUUUGUUCAUUGUUGGUGCGGACGAGGACGUACGUUCGGUCCAACGUCGUCUCAGCAAGGCGGUGUUAUCGCGGGUUAAGCUCAUGCCUAUCCCAGUUGUUAUUAUUGUCUUUGGUGAUGAAAAAAUAAGUGCUAAAAAUUUCAAAAUGCCCAUGUUGGAAGAUUUGUUAGAGUCAGGACACGUGUCGGAAUACUCAAUAUUGUAUGAAAAUAGUAUCGAUGAGAACAUUGUACUAAGGAUAUUCCAAAGUGCCACACUUUGGCUAGCUAUCAACAGGUCGCCGGCUGUACCACUCGAAAUGGAUUAUCUCAAAAAGAUCUUUGAUGACUGUUUGUCAGAAGAGUUAUGGCUGCGAAUAAAGGGUUAUCUAUCGCUAACGCCAUGGUUAUCAGAUGCACUGAAAGAUCCGAAUUUCAUUAUCAAUCUGCAUAACGAAGCGAUUACUUACAUGACCGAUUUAAUUCUGGAUCCAGAAUCAAUGACUUACUCUGAAUUUGCACCAGAACUAAAGAUCUUUUUGAAUAAAAUACGAGCAUAUCCUUGUACAUAUGAGUACUAUGACAGCGUCUGGAAACAUCCGGAGUACAGAGCUGAACUUGAGCGAAUUAUGAAUAAUUUCAUCUUUCCUCCUUGGAAUGAAGACUGGCCAAUCACAGACACAAUCGAAGCUUAUGAUGCGAUCAUCGACUACUGCCGUCAGAUUAUUUCGUAUGAAAGUAGCAUACCUGUCACUAAUAACAUAAUGAGUGAUAUGUUUUUAUUAACUGAUGAAAAUGACGAAGACAGUUACCCUAGUUUUAUUGAUGUUAUAUUACACAUAAUGAACAAAAAAAUUAAUGAUAUUGGUGGUAACACACGUGUCGUCUACAACAAAAAUCACAUCAAGCACUUCCAAACUCUACCUUGGUGGUAUAAAUCUAGUACACUUUCGAAGUACGUUAAUCAACAUAAAAAAGAAGAAAGUGAGGAGGAGGAGGAAGAGGCAGAAGUGUAUAAUUUAUCUGAAGUUGAAAGCAGUCAGAAUAUAGCCUUUCCAAAGUCACAAAUGGAAUUAGAUGAUUUUGAUUGUGAUAUUGAUGAAUUGAAUGAAACAUGCAAGCAACAAGACGAAGAAAAUCCGAUAGAAAAUAUUUGCAACGAGACUCUUAGCCACGUCACUGAAAUAGAAACUGCAGCCCAAAAGUUUGAAAGGGAGUUAGAAGAGCAAAAAUCGCGUAACAAGGACUUUGAAGAGAAACUUUUGAAAGCAUUAGAGGACGACAGCAUGUGAUUUUGUUUUUUACUUUUAACUGUUAUACACCAUUUAGCGGAGUGAUGCCGCUAAACUGUA